UAUUCAGCAAACUAUAGAUAGAAAGAUGGAAAUAUAAUAAGACUUUAUUUCAAAUACAUUUGUCUCUGUUCUUUAUCAUUUAGGAAAUGAUGACCAAAUUAAUAACAGAGACACCUACCAAGCCAAUUCCAUUUUUAAUAAGCCACCUGCAAAAUAAACAAGGAGGUCCUGGCCAGCUGCAAAGAACAUUUUCAGGCUCAGCUGCCCUCUGGGCUGAAACGGGAAACAAAGGUUUGCGGCGCGAUUGUAGAGGUUAUGAAAAACCAUGGCUUACAAAUGCUAAAAAGCCAAAAAAGUCAAAAAGUGACCUUGCUAUGUCCAACCUAUCACCAGAAUCAAAAUCCCUACCAAGGUCAAUAGAACAUACUGCAUUGGACUGGCAAACAAAACCCGAAAGCCACAACUUUGAUGAACUGAAUCACAUCCUUCAGGAGAGCAAGAGGCUGGGCAAGGCUCUGGAACACCUCUCUCACAGUAUUGGUACUCCAGAUGAAUCUGACCAGGAUCUGCGGGCUUACAAUUCGUCACUUGUUAGACCCCGAGUGGUUGGAGAGUGGGUUGGUCGUGAGGAAACUGAUGCUGACCCGUUGGCUGCAGAGAUGCUACACCCUCCAGUGCCCAGAAUUAAGGAUGAAACUGAAGAGGCCCACAGCUCUGGAAGCACAAAAUUGGAGCAGAAGAGUAAAGGCUUGAGACAACAGCAGCAACAGCAUAAGAAGCUUUUAGCUGCAAUGCUGUCCCAGGAUUCAUUUGACUCUGUGCACAGUGCAACACCAUCAGUGGCUGAAGAGGACAUUGAGGAUGAGGAUGAUGCCAUGGAAUUACUGGAAGACCUGGAUGAUUUGAGAAUGGAAGGCAUUACUGAUCACGUGCCAUCUGGUAGCAGGUUUAGCCAAGGGCGAAGUCCGUACUCUGCAGAACCUCAAGCCAAAGUUACGCUCAACAUCUGCUCGAGAUUCCAGGGAGAUAGUCUAAUGGAAGAAUCUGAUGAUGGAACACAGAUGUCGCAUUCCCCUGAACAAGCAGUCCCUGACCCCUGUGCAGCUUGUAAGUAAGAACAUUUCAAUAUGUUAAAAGUAAUAUAAGGAACGGUGCAGGGUAGAGGCCUUGCCCAAUAAAUAACAAAAACUGAAACUGACUACAAUGCUAACUCAGCACCAUGAGUGGGAAAUUUCAAUGGACUACGUUGAAAAGUCAAAACCAAAUGUUGAAGCGGCUUAUUGAAGUCCAUAUUGAUCAUGUGGGAAUCAUGGGUGUAUAGAGUUGGAUUCCACAGAUCCUGAGAUUUGAGAUGGCGGGCAAUGAAUAUAUCACCAAAAUAACUCAACAUCGGCAGAUCCAUUACUUCUUCAAAGUUUACAUCUGCUGCGAUAACUGCCUGUACAUAUUUAAAUCAAUGAGAUAGGCCCUCCAAAAGUUGCAGUAGGUUGUGGAAUUUGUCCAAGUGGGAGCAAAGCCACUCGGAUUUGUGCAUUUUCGGAAGUAAAAGACUGAUUUUCCUUGCAAAAUGAUGGCGAUUCUCAUUGUCUUUCAACAUUGCAGUAGAUUGUCAGAUUAUAUUGUGCCUUAAGACUAUAGAGUGGGAUGUAAACCCAUGGCCUUCUGACUUAGAGGUAAAAAGGCCUAACUAAGUCCCACUGACACAACAGGAUUUGAAACUAAUUAAAUAACAUAACCGCUGGAAGUAUUCUAAUGAGUUCUCUGUUUCAUGCUCCAACAUGCUGAAACAUUCAUUAUGGCCGUAUAAUUGCUAUCCCUAGUGCCCAAGGAGAAACAUGCCUAUACAAUUGCUAGAAAAACACUGUUGAUCUUGAAGCAGUCACACCGAACUGAAAAUCCAACUGGAUUAUUUACAAUAUAAAUCAGUGACUUAUGAUAAUACCUAGCGCCAGAAAUACCAGUUCUCAAGUAAUUGCAGCAAGGAAGUAGACCUAAUUAAAAAGUGGAAGAAUGAAUAUAGAAAGUGCAAAUAUAAUCCUUUCACCAUGCAUCCCUUCUUAAAAACUAAAUUCAAGAAUAUCAGACAAAAUAAUGAGUUGUUUUCUGUGAGACCAUGCAACAUUUUGCCAAUGUAUACUUGGAUCACAAAAGGGAUUAUUUUAUUAUCCAUAUACUUUACUUUGCUCCUUCAGUAUCUAUAUAGCCUUACUCUAAAAAUAGAAACCAGAAAUGUGCACUAUACUCAAAAUAUCAUCCAACUAUAUGGUUAUCAUAACUUCCAGAAUUUUGAAUUAGGAAUAAGCUGACUUUCUUGAUCUGUACCAUUAUUUUUAAGGAGUUGUGUAUUUGAGCCAUUAUUUCCAAUGAGAAGUUGCCUCAUUAUUCUCCCCAUAUUGAAAUUAAUUUGCAAUUUACAUGCUCAUUCUACACAUAGAUUUUCAUCUUGCGAUUACAAUUUGUAAUUUGUAGUUAAUUUCAUUACAAUUGACUGUCUUGGUUUGCUGUCAUGUCAAUUUCUAAAUGAUGAUUUUUUAAUUUCGGAAUUACUGUUUCUUCCGUAUGUAUCCUGUUAGUGAACAGUACAGUUUAUUGAGGUGUCUCACCCCUGGCAAAUAUUAUACAAUGUUGUGCUGAAUGCAAUCACUCCCCAUAAAAAGAUCAAUCAUCAACUGAAGGGAAGAAUAUUUGAACAUAUUUCCACUAUUCCAAUGCUAUUCAGUUCAUAACGUUCUGGUCGAGGCUGCUUUUCAUAAGAUCAUAAGUGAUAGGAGUAAAAUUAGGCCAUUUGGCUCAUAAGGAUAACUCCGCCAUUCAAUCAUUGCUGAUCUAUCUCACCUUCCUAACCCCAUUCUCCUGCCUUCUCCCCAUAACCUCAUACACCUGUACUAAUCAAGAAUAUCUAUCUCUGCCUUAAAAAUAUCCACUGACUUUGCCUGCACAGCCUGUGCAAAGAACUCCACAGAUUCACCAUCAUCUGACUAAAAAGAUUUCCUCCUCAUCUGCUUUCGAAAAGAAUGUCCUUUAAUUCUGAGGCUAUGACCUCUAGUCCUAGAUUCUCCCACUGGUGGAAACAUCCUCUCCACAUCCACUCUAUCCAAGCCGUUCACUAUUCUAUAUGUUUCAAUAAGGUCCCCCCUCAUUCUUCUAAACUCCAGCGAAUAUAGGCCCAGUGCCGUCAAACGUUCAUCAUAUGUUAACCUACUCAUACCUAGGAUCAUUUUUGUAAACCUCUUUUGGACCCUCUCCAAAGUCAGCACAUCCUUUCUCAGUUAUGGUGCCCAGAAUUGCUCAAAAUAUUCUAAAUGCAGCCUGACCAGCGCUUUAUAGAGCCUUGACAUUUUUCCCUUAUGAACCCUUUUACCCUUAAAUAUCCUGACUGAUCAACUUCCCUGCAUGUCUUAUGGUAUACUGUAUAUCCAUCCAGAAACAGGCCAUGUUUUACACGGAAGGCUUGCCUAAUGCACCUAACCAACAAAGUUCCAAGACAAUGAAAUGUGAGCCCAGGAACGCACGUUCCCAGUUCUUUGCACACCUAUCUCCAGCAUGCAUACCAAAAGGUAAAUGCAUGAAUCCCUAGGAUGAUAUUAAAAUAGUCAACAACUGACAAAUUUCCCCUCCAUAUUUUUUCUAAACCCUGUGCACCUGGAAAGAUUACAAUUUUCUUAAGCAAAGGGAUAGGCAACAUUUUCUUUCUUUUCUCAUAAUUGUCUGUAUUCUGCUCACUUCUUACCCCAUAGCUCAUACCAGAAACAUACCACCCAAUGUAUGGAAAAAAGUUGCCCCUCAGGUUUCCUUGAAUCUUUCUCCUCUUACCUAAACCUUUGCCCUCUCGU